GGUUCUUGUGUUGACUUUCUCCGUCAAACAAUAUGACUAUCAUCAUAGUUUGGGCCGAAGUCAAAAUUGAUAAUAUAUAGUUUGGGCCGAAAAAUCAAAAUAAAAAUAUUUGGGCCUGUUGACAAGAUACAACAUGAUAUUUUGCAUCGGCUUCACUUAAUUCAGAUAUCAUCGAACUCUGUUCGUCGUCUUCUACUGCCGUCGACGUGUCAGUUUCCGACGAUCUGGUAAUUGCUCAAACUCUCAAAUCAUCUCUCUCUCUGUUGAAUUUUUUUAUUUUUGAUACUCAUUCUUUGGCCAGUUUUGAGUAAUCCUCGUAUGCAUCUGGAUUCUUGUUUCGAAUUUCGUGUCAGAUUUCUGAGCUUUUGUUAUAGGAUGGAUGAAGGAACUUCAGGUUCACGGAGAUUGAGGUCUCAAGUUGCUCCAGACUGGACAGUCAAAGAGUGUCUGAUACUCGUGAAUGAGAUUGCUGCUGUUGAAUCAGAUUGUUCUAAUGCUUUGUCCAGCUUCCAGAAAUGGACGAUGAUCUCAGAGAACUGUAACGCUUUGGAUGUACGCAGAACUCUCAACCAAUGCAGGAGGAAAUGGGAUUCUUUGUUGUCUGAUUACAAUCUGAUCAAGCAGUGGGAAUCACGGUACCAAGGCAGUGCUCGUUCUUAUUGGUCUCUUAGUGUUGAGAAGAGGAAGUUACUGAAUCUCCCGGGGACUGUGGAUAACGAGAUUUUUGAAGCUGUCAGUGCUGUUGUGAUGAUCCAAGAUGACAAAGCUGGAACUGAGUCUGAUAGUGAUCCGGAAGAGGAUGAUGUUGUUGAUAUCACUGCAGCUUAUGUAGGAUCAAAAAGAUCAAGACAGCGAGCAACGGUUACCAAGGAGAUCCCGCCACAGAAGACAAAGAUACAAGAGCCACGGAGAUACAGAGUCCAGGAAUACACUCAACAGAAACCUACAAAAGCAGCGCAUCCCCAUCAGAACAAAACCAUGGAGGAGAAGAAGAAGAAGCCGGCGGAAGAAAUAUCAACAGAUGAAGAAGAGGAGGAACCAAUGAACAUAGAAGAGGAUGUAGAAGUGACGGAAGCGAAGCUUAGUUAUAAAAUCGACUUGAUACAUGCGAUAGUCGGGAGGAAUCUAGCAAAGGACAAUGAAACAGGGGAUGAUAUUAGUAUCAAGGACAAGUUGAAGUAUGUGAAACAGCAAGGAGACGAGCUUAUUGCUUGUCUGAGUGAAAUUGUUAAAACCCUUGGUAGGCUCCGUGAAGUUUAAUCCAAGUGAAUAACAUUCAGCUGUAAAAAUGUUAAGGCAUUUGCCUAUUUGGAGCUGAUCUACUCGUAAUAUAGUUUGGAGUAAAUGAAAAAGCUGGUACUAUAAAUCUGGCAGUGUUGUAGUGAAUGAAAACGCUGGUACUGUA